AUGUCUCAACUACUGUUCUGGCCCAGCAAGUACUUUUUCUAUCCUUUUGGCAAUACAAGCCCUAUCUCGUUGACGGUUGACCUCCCCGUUGAGGAGCCUGCAAAGAUGUUGCUCCUCGGAUGUGGAGAUCCGCGAAACGUUCUUUAUACCAUCUUCACUGAACCAGACAAAGCGACUCGUAUCCUCGAUUUCACUUGCAGCGACUUCGACCCUGCUGUUCUGGCGCGAAACAUCCUCUUGUUUACCAUGAUCAUCGACGAUCAGCCUUUUCAGGUCCUCUGGAACACCUUCUUCCACUUCAAAAUCGACAAGAAGUCACGAUCGGCGCUGAUCGCACAAUGCGACAAGCUCAUCGGCCAUUCCGAAUCCAUGAGCACCUGGAGAGCUUCCCCCUAUGCUUGUUCUCUGCGUAUGUGCACCAGCUAUACUCUGUCCGAGGUUCGACGUCAUUGGGCCCUUUACAUGGACAUGCCCAACCUUCCGGACGACCGCCAGAAGUCCAUCGCCGCCGGCCUCAAGAAGACAUGCGACGACAACCGCGACAGAAACAAUGCUGCGAUACUUCGAUCGGCCGGACCGUUAGUCAUGAACGGCCCAAUGUUCCUAAUGGACAGCUUUCGGCGGUACUGGAAAACCGGGACGACUUUCUCCAGCGCGAAGGAAAUCGCCGAAGCGACGGAAAUCAACCCAACCUUCGUGUACUCGCUGGGUGCCGAAGGUUCCUCCUUUCACUACGGAAGCGACCCCCUCAUCCCAUUUCACCAUGCCGCAGUCAUAGGGAACUCCAAAAAGGAGGUCUCGCUCGCCGACGUCACCAAGGCUACCAAGGAGCAAUUUAGGGCUUGGUGCGGUUCCUACCGCUUGGCUUUCCUUUCCGUACAGAAGCCCGUCGUUCGUUUCUUCGCCGGGGAAGCUACCGCUGUGUCGCAUGCGCUGCGGUCGCAUCACGCUACGGGGACGCUGCGGCUCGGUCUUCCAGUUGCCCCUUGGAAGACCAGCCUCAUCCAACUCGACCCCGACGAAUACACGAACAGCGAAGGUGGCGCGCCCUCGUGCUUUAAUGUCAUUCAUACUUCGAACUUGGAGGACCACAUCGGUUUAUUCAACGUUAUCGUUGCUGCUUCGCCCCUUCUGUCCCCCUCUGUCUUCAGUGUCCUUUACACCGAAUCACUCCUCCAUAUCGGGAAAAACGCUACCAAGGAAUUCAACGAGAACAUGAAGGCUGACAUCACAGUCAUGGGCCUCCUUAUCGGGAUUGUGCCUGUCGACUACCUCUGUGGAUUCUCCUCACGAUCCAACAGUAAUGAGCUUUUGAUGAAACAAGUCUUAUCGAAGAAGAAGGACGGCAUCGACCAGUUCCAUCAAGUCACGACAUGGAAGAGACCGACCUCAGGAGAUAUUCUCGCAGCACCCAAUGCCACGAUGAUCCUUCGAUCAAACUUUGAUCCUGACCAACUGGGUACCCUUCUCUACGAUAUUUACCAGGAACUCUAUGGCCAAGAGACCGCAACUAAUUUCUGGGCCGCCAACCAGAAAAAUCUUUUGCGGGCGAUAAGCGCUUCAAACCUUGCGCGAUUUACCCGAGAAGCUUUCGUUCUGUUCUUGAAGCUAGUCCGUACCCAUCUCCAGCCGUCCGAUUCUGUUUGGAACGCAACCAUGGAACGACUCGUCUACCUCCACCAUGCUACAUUCGCCACUAUUCCUCCUCCAAUGGAUACCCUUCAUUACCAAGACUUCUGUGGCCAACUCCUUCGCCAUAGCGUCCAUCGUCCAUCGUUUUUUCACCCCCCUGCUUCGAAAGUCGGGCCUUUCGCUGCAUGGGACAGCGUACCCGAUCUCGUCCGCAUUGUCUUAGUUGUUCCACGUCACGAAGUGGCAGUUUUAGAGAAAGCAGACCCCGAACAAAUCGGGACCCCUCCCCUUCAAUGCGAUCUCUUUGGCACUCGCUCUCAUAACAUCUUCACCUCGAUUCACGCAGCAUUCGGGAGGGCGGUUCUAGUCGGCACCAAAUCACGGCCCCAAGUUGUAUUCGAAGAAGAUCGGGCUGGGUGGCGGGGGAACUCUCCCCUCGUCAUCUCUUUUGUUGCACCCGCGUGCUCUCUUGUGAAUAUUGAGCCACCUCAGCUCAUGAACGUGGGUUUGAGCGUUAGGAAUACCCCUGCGGUAUGCAUGGUGCUGGUCCCCAAGCUGGGGCUAGAGCUUCGAGUGUUCAGCGCGAAACUUAUGGACUCCAACCACGUCUACAUCCUUCCCGAAGCACCUCUCCCAUCUCGAUAUUCUUUCCCUGCACCACGCUUGCACUCGACGUCCGCCAUAGGGCACGCAAUCCUGUCCGAGAUUGGCACAGUUUCUACUGCCAGCGUUGAACUCGACGAGCAGUGUGAGCUCGCGAUCAGCUUCACCGCCCACAUUGACAUUACGGCCGACCAAUCAAUCGGUCAAUUCUGCGUCCAGGGCAGCUCCAUGGUGCCAACCAUCUCACAGCCCUCUCCUUGUGUCGUCCGGGUGUCUCUCGGAGGUCGAGUUCAGGACCUGAUUUACCCAUUCCCUGUGCAAGGGAGCUCCCAUCGUCUUCGCCUUGCACGAAAAUCCAGAUACAUUGAGGUCAUUGUCCCUCCUUCGCGGUCUCUCAUGCCUGAAGGGAUGCAGAUUAACCCGUGGCCGGUCGUUUCUCAUGACGGAAUGUUCAAUCCCUGGAGCAUCCACCGAAUCAACCUCUCCAAAUCUCCGUCGGUCGAUAUCAAAGGCAACAAACUGGCGCAGUGGUUCAACGCCCACACAGGCUCCAUGCUGUCCCUUCGCGAGAAGUCCCUUAGAGCGAAAAAGAAGCCUGAUAUUCUCGUUUACGUGAAGGAUACGAUCCAUGCCAUCAUGGUUCAGGCUGCCGGCGUUCAGGGAGGGUCCGUCAAGCGUCUCUUCUGUCUUCGCGAUAAGAAGACCAAGGACUCCGAUACCAUCAUCUUCGUCUCCGAUAUCCGCUAUGACUUGGGGCUACAUACCGUCGCUUGCGACGCCUAUGUGCUCCCCCUCACCGAAGAGCGACUCGAAACCAUCGGUCAACCUUUCAGUAAACUAAUCCACGGCGAAACAAUGGCUCAUGUCACUACAUACGACGGCGAGCUUCUUGCAUGGAAGCAACUCCUCCCAGCACUCGCCGAACGGUGUCGAACCUCGUGGACACACGGGCCAAACUGCGAGUAUAAGUCGACUGGGAGGAUACCCUUGACGGGCCCAACUGCCACGGAAGGAAACCCUCUCUGCGCCUGUGGGGAAGGAAAGGAUGUCGAUGGUAUGAUGAAGAACCCGCUUUGGAAGCCCCUGGCACCAUACGUCACCCGGAUCGCCCUCUCACCCCUCUUCGCCAUUUCGUACCUCGAGACCGUCGCCCGAAGUCCGGACAAGCACAAGUGUUCGGUCUGCCGCGGUCAAGGCAAGCCAAAGCUCAAGGCCUGUAGUGCUUGUCAACGCGUCCGGUACUGCUCGACGGAAUGCCAGAAGAAGGACUGGAAGGCGCAUAAGCCGAAAUGCCAGUCGAAAUCGUGA